CUUCUAACGAGCUUUCGCCACCACAUAAACCUAUUGUUUCUAACUUCAAGUUGUUACACUUUGCCUGACGUCCGAUUGACGCUCUCCAUGCUCAGCACGUCCUCCAUGUCAGGGUCUCUCACCCUCCAGGCCGCUGGGCUCGUUGCCCUCGCAGACCUUUCUGUUGUUGCUCAGAGGACAGCACUGAUGGGAACGGCCUCGUACCUCGACAUUCUUGUCCUUGCACCAGGUAUGCAUCAACAGCAGUCCGCCGACGAAGUCAAUCGUGGUGAAUAUCCAAUGACUGGUUCGAUGACCAAGGGCAACGUUUUCCGCGUCGAGAAUCCUGCUACGGUCAGAUACCUACAAAACAUUAGUCGCACGGGCUGCCUCGUUACAGCCGAGGUAUCAUUAAAACCACCCUCCCACAAGUCGCUGAUAAUCCCCCUUUGGGAUAAAGAUUUAUCCCCAUUUUACUUCGCCGGCGCACGCGCGGCUGUGCUAUACUUUCUUUGCCCGGUACUCGCCGUCAUCGUUUUUACACUCCUGGGAGCCAUCAGAGAUUGGUGGGGAUUAGCGGUCCUCGUGACACUCGUUUUCGCUAGAUGGAUCAACGUGGUCGUUAUCAAGCGCAGAAGCCGAGAGGAUUGGAAGGGGGCGAAAGAAGAGGGUCGCGAUGAUCUGUUCGUGCUCCUGAGCCAGGAUCGUUGGGUUCGUUUGCAAGGGACAAUAAAUGACCUAAAGACUGCGACAGCAGGCCAGUGGUUGCGCGAACCGCAUUCUGGGGAGAGCUUCGCUGUAGGGUUGGCUACGCUUUUGGUCUACUCAUCGGCGGCUCUCGCCGGUAAUGCGUCAACGGUAGGGAGCUUGCUUAUCGCAUGUUUGCUGCUGUGCACCGUGGCUCUCUUAGCUCUUUGCAACUCUUCGACAAGAUGUCUGCAGAUGUAUGACUGUGUUGUGCGAGAGGCCGAAGGGUCAUUGAAGGAGUACCCGCGUAGAAUGGAGAUGGUCAAGUACCUCAUUCACGAGACCCGGAGAAGUGAUUGGGCGCUUGGGAUGGAGCUUAUCACAUCUGAUGAGCGGGCGAAGAUUGUCAAAUCUAUGCCACCGUCUAAUGAGCCCACGGAUCGACCAUUAUCAAUGCAUCCGUCUCUACCGCUGUCCAGCCAUGUUGACAGGAAUAGCCUUUGAUUUCUAUCAUUCACAGUUCUUCCCCGCUUAUCAAGUCUUGUCUAUCAUUUUUAUAUCUAAGUACUAUAGAAUAAUAUAAUGAAACACGGUUUACACAUACAAUGUAUAAUGAAGCGUUACGAUUGCAGGGUUUUGGUGUUGACCACCUGCAGAGAAAUGAUUGAGAGGUAGGCGAGGGUAGGCGGGACUUAGAAAUGCAUUGAGACGGUCAUACAUUAAGAUAAGCGAUGUUUGGAACACGGUGCACGGUGCACAGCAGCUGUAUAAGAAGAGAGCGCACAAUGAGAGAUCCGAAUAUGCAGCCACAAAAAGAGACCGAUGGUCUUUCACAUUUGGAAAGGAUCUGUCAGCUUAUCGUAAGAAACGAACAAAGAUGGACACACCGCGGA